CACCAGUGGAGCGGCUCCUGCUUGCGAACGGCAGAAGCAGCUCGGGGUCUCUCCGCCGGCCCUUGGCCAUGGCCGCGGUGCCCACGGCGCCCGCUCCCCUCCGCUCCCGGGACCCCCGCCGCUGCCUCCGCCACCUCUAAAGCCCGAGGGGCCGCCACCGUCGCCACCGCCCGCCCGGAUCCCGCGCAGCCGCGGCGCACCAUGCUACCUGCGGCCACCCUGGCGAGGCCGCUCGCUGCUUCUGGAACCCUCACUCGCGGCGUUGACAGCCACCGCACGGGAGCCCCCGCAGCUCAGGGCUCGGACAGUUUGAAAGUACAAUAGUUGGUUUCCCUGACCACCCGACCCCACUGCGUUUGCCAUCCCGGCUCGCCUGUCGGAUCUGAGUGGAGAAGUUGUCCGCAGCUGGGGUUAGCGCUUGCUCUCUCCAUACGCCUAACACCUACGUGUAUUUCUGAAACAGUCAAUCUUAAUUAACAAUCAAAAGGAAAAAAAAAAGGAGCAAAGGAAGGGAAACAUUAUUGGGUUACUAUGCACUUGCGACUGAUUUCUUGGUUUUUUAUCAUUUUGAACUUUAUGGAAUACAUCGGCAGCCAAAACGCCUCCCGGGGAAGGCGCCAGCGAAGAAUGCAUCCUAACGUCAGUCAAGGCUGCCAAGGAGGCUGUGCAACGUGUUCAGAUUACAAUGGCUGUUUGUCAUGUAAGCCCAAACUAUUUUUUGUUCUGGAAAGAAUUGGCAUGAAGCAGAUUGGAGUGUGUCUCUCUUCAUGUCCAAGUGGAUAUUAUGGAACCCGAUAUCCAGAUAUAAAUAAGUGUACAAAAUGCAAAGCUGACUGUGAUACCUGUUUCAACAAAAAUUUCUGCACAAAGUGUAAAAGUGGAUUUUACUUACACCUUGGAAAGUGCCUUGACAAUUGCCCAGAAGGGUUGGAAGCCAAUAACCACACCAUGGAGUGCGUCAGUAUUGUGCACUGUGAGGCCAGUGAAUGGAGCCCUUGGAGUCCAUGCACAAAGAAAGGAAAAACAUGCGGCUUCAAAAGAGGAACUGAAACACGGGUCCGAGAAAUAAUACAGCAUCCGUCAGCAAAGGGUAACCUGUGUCCCCCCACCAGUGAGGCGAGGAAGUGUACAGUGCAAAGGAAGAAAUGUCCAAAGGGGGAACGAGGAAGAAAAGGAAGGGAGAGAAAGAGAAAAAAACCUAAUAAAGAAGAAAGUAAAGAUGCAAUACCUGAUAACAAAGGUCUGGAGCCCAGCAGGGAAACUCCAGAGCAACGAGAAAACAAACAGCAGCAGAAGAAACGAAAGGUCCAAGAUAAACAACAGAAAUCGGUAUCCGUCAGCACUGUACACUAGAGGGUCCCGUGAGAUUGUCGUAAACUCGUAAUGCUGCUAUCUCCACCAGAUGCCCAGGACAGGUGCUCUAGCCGUUAGGACCACAAAUGGACAACGUGUCAGUUACUGCUCAGUCUAAACAACAUUCCAGAUAGUCGCUAUAUUCUUCAUACAAGCAUAGUUAACAACAAAGAGCCAAAAGUCCAAAGAAGGGAUGCUUUUGAAUGGUUAUCUUACGUGCUUCUGUGCAUUUUUAAGAGACAAGGAAUUUUGUACAUAAUCAUCAAUAGGCUAGAAGCUGUAACAACCUAAUGAUAACAGCUUGAGAAGCACCAUCUUCUCCCUGUAAAGUCAUGUUUUCAAGCUAUUGCUUAAAGAAGCAAAUGACAGCUCUGCAAACUGAAAGAUGCUGUGUCCCUUCAAAAGAAACCAGAGAUCAGAGGAGAGAAACACCUUUCAAAGGACAGUGUUGUUUUGUCCAGGAAAUCUAGGGAGUGCUCAGAUAUUAGGGCCUGGCAUUUGGAAUCAUAGGAAUUAUCACCAUGGAAACAAUUGUUUUAAGCUUGGUUCUCUUGCCCUCAUUUGUCCUUCUGCAAGAAGCAUGAGAGUGCACAUAUUUUCAGAAUUGAUAUACUGUAUGGGCUUGGAGGAAGGCAAAAUGUGGACUAAACCAUAGAGCUGGAGAUGAUUUUUGUGCUUUACAAAACUGUGAAGGGUUGUGAUUACCUGGAACAGGUCUCCAGUCUAUGUCCGCACUGUGUGGUUCAGCCUCUGCUACCCCUUGGGUUAUAUGUCUGUAAACAUGUACCUGUAACUUACUUCCAAAAACAAAAUCAUACUUAUUAGAAGAAAAUUCUGAUUUCAUAGAAAACAAAAACUAGAGCAAGGAAAAUAUAACAUGUUUGCAAAGUCAUGUGUUUUCUUUCUCUCUCAACUGGGAGGGGGAAAAACAAUCUUAUUACCUGCUUAAUUGUCCACAUGGAACUAAAAGGGAUACUACUUUCUAACAAAGUGUAUCUAAUAGGGGGGAAAGCCACCACAAUAAAUAUAUUUGUUGAUAGUUUU